AUGGCCAUGACUGAGCAAGGGAUUUACACCGCAUCCCACGACAAGACAGUGAAACGAUGGAAGCCGAAGCUCAGCCCUCCCAGCAAGUACGACCUCGAGCCCGAACUCGAGGUGAAGCUGAAAGACUCGGCCACGGCUUUGCUCUUCAGCGGCGGCUGGCUCUUCGUGGGUUUGUGGGAUGGCCAAGUCCAGGCCUUUGCUCAGAGCGGCGAGGAGCUGCUGCUUACGGGACACCGCAAGCGCGUCACCACGCUGGUCGUCCACCAAGGUGUGCUGAUGUCUGGAAGCUACGAUGGGGAGGUUCGCUUGUGGCAGAUGGAUCCGGCCACUAAGCAAUUCAAGUGUACACACACGCUUGAAGAGAGCCUGCCUGGAUCCAUCAGCAAAAUUCACGUUCUGGGAAACUACCUGUUCGUAGGAGGUCAAUAUGGCCUGGCGCUGUUGGACCUUACCAGCCUGAAGGUCGCCAAGCUCUUGCCGCCUACGAAGGCCGUCGCGGACAUGCUGGAGUUCCAGGGCCAUGUCAUCGUCGCUUAUUCAGAGGGUCAGCUGCGGAUCUUCGAUGCAGAGGGCACGCUGAAGUCCGAGACUUCGCUGGAUGCCGGGCCUAUCCUAAAACUUGCGGGCUUGGAAAGCGGACCCCGGGUGGUUUGCGGCCACGCUCGGGGCCAGGUGAGCCUGAUCACGCUGCCCAGCUUCGAGUUUAAGGCAGAGUUCCAGGCACUGCAAGGCCAAAAGGUGGACAGCUUGCUUUGCGCCGGCCACGACGGCAUCUUUCUCAUAGGCUCCCAGGAUGGUGGCUUGCAGCUCUGGCAGCGAGUAGAGGGUGGGCUCCCAGGUUGA